GGUGACCUGUGGACUCAGACCAGCUUAGCGAUUAGGAGUUGUUUCGGGGGGUGGGGGGAGUUUUUGUGGGAGGGGCGUUGGGGGGAGUUUUUGUGGGAGGGGUGUUGGUGUUUUUUUUAGUUAUCAGUGUUAGCAUAGUUAAUAUAGUUAGUAUUGCUUAGUAUUUUAUUUGGGGUAGUCAAUAGUGUUGUUUAAGAUUUUAUCAUAGUAGAGUUAGAGUAGUUACUUGUGUAUAGUUAGUGUAUAAAGGCACCAUGAAGCAGGGAUUGGCCUCCACCUCACCUGCCCUGCGGCCACCGCAUUAUCAAAUACUGAAUUUCAUAGGCCGUGGUGCCUUUGGUGAGGUCACGCUGGCCUGGCACUUAAAGACCGGCACCCGGGUGGCGGUGGCGGUGAAAACAAUCGACAGAACCGGCUUCCUCUCUAGCCACAGAGAGAUGACUGUUUUACAGUCGGUGCACCACCGAAACAUCAUUAAAUUAUAUCAUAUUAUUAGCGGCAAAGAGGCGUGCCAGUUAGUACUUGAAUACGCCGCAGGAGGAAGCCUGUCUAACUGGCUUGAACAGAACAUCAUGACAGAGGAGGAGGCCCGAGGCAAGUUCCAACAAAUGCUGUCCGCCGUGAGGUACCUCCACCGCCGCAGCAUCGCUCACAGAGACCUGAAACCGGACAACAUGCUGUUAGAUGUUAAGGGAAACAUCAAAAUUGCUGAUUUUGGAUCGGCCACGAGUUACCAUGAGGGGCAGAGGCUGACAAUAGCUCAUGGGACCCUGGCCUACAUGGCCCCAGAACUCUUCGGGGCCCAGGGCUAUGAAUGCCCCGCCAUGGACAUAUGGAGCCUAGGCGUCACGCUGUUCCAGAUGGUGUCCAACAACCUGCCCUUCUCCGCAGUGAGUCGUACGCAACUGAAACGCCUAAUUCUAUCUGGCCAGUAUGUUAGCCCGCAGUACUUUUCUGAAGGUCUUAAAAGACUAAUUAAAAACCUUUUAACGCCUGAUCCCAAUGAGUGGCCAACAGCAAACAAAGUCAUGGGGGAAUCAUGGGUGAACAACGGCCUUCACAGGAAGUCAGACCCCCAGCAUGCCCCCACGGCCUCCCUGACCAUCGAGCGCAAUUGUGAAGAUUUAGAAAACUUGGCACGGCAAGCCCUCGAGUGUGACCGUGUGGCCUCCUCCAUUGUAAGCGCCAUAGGCAGUGGUGGUGCUUUAGAAACCUUGGCAGAGGAAGCCCCGCAGCGUGACCUCGUGUCUGCAGCCUCCACCAAGUGCUCCACUGGCAGUGAAAAUUUAGAAACUUUGGCUCAACCAGCCCUCCCGCAUAACCUCACGGCCGCCUCCACCCAGAUCACCACCCAGAGCACCGUGGCUCCACAACCAGUACACGAAGGCAGCGUCCUCCAAGCUGGGCAGCCCGAGGCUGUGUUGGCCCGGCCAACAAGAGGCUGGAGCUGCCGCAGGGCUGCCCGAAGGUGCAUUGCCAUAAUAAGGAGAUGCUGCUGCUGCCUGUGCCCACCCAAGAAGCAGAGUAACAGGGCCCACCCAAGUGAAAAAAUUGGAGAGGACGAAGGCCCUGAGGUCCAGGAACAUUGAAACCUGAGAUGCCCAGGAGCAACGUUGGAGCCUGCAGCACUUUAUAUAAAAAAUAUAUAAAAAUAAAUUUAUCAUUCUGAUAAAUGACCAUUUCUUGCUUCUUGCAAAUUUUGUAGUAGCAUUGGAAAGGUGGUACGUGGGUUGCAGACACUCUGCUGCUUUGUGCCCUCCCUGCACAGGACCAGGGCUAAGAGAAGGCAAGGCGUGAGGCAAAGGAAAAGGCAUAUUUACUAGCAACUGCCUUAGUUGAAAGAAAAGUGGGGAUAAUGAAAGGAUGUAGGAGGACGUGGAAGAGAGCAAGAAAAAAAUAUAGCUAAACCAGAGUCUAAAACCUGGCCCAGAUUGGAGAGAGUUCAAUGUGCAGUGUGGAAAAAGGACAUUGAAAGUAUGCAUGCCCCAAAAGAACGGUCUAUAAAGAUCAUGCGGUUUACCCCCAUGCAAUACCUAAUGGUGGGAUGUGAUCCAAACUGGUGGGUCACUGUCUUACACUACUACUAUUGCAGCUAUAGGAGUAUCAGGUAAAAACGAACAAAAACCCUUAUGCCAAUCAAAAUAUGUCACUGGAAGACAAGAGGUGCAGCAGAAGUUCUUAUAUCUUCCCAGCUGCCCUGUUCCUUUGUUGGGGAGGAAUCUGCUCCAAAAACUAUAAGUACACAUUUCUUUUUUUUUUUUUUUUGAGGAGUUUCGGUCUUGUUACCCAGGCUGGAGUGCAAUGGCACGAUCUCGGCUCACCAUUAACUUCUGCCUCCUGGGUUCAGGCAAUUCUCCUGCCUCAGCCUCCGGAGUAGCUGGGAUUACAGGCACGCGCCACCAUGCCCCGUUAAUUUUCACCAUGCCCAGCUAAUUUUUUGUAUUUUUAGUAGAGACAGGGUUUCAUCAUGUUGACCAGGAUGGUC